UUAAAAUUAUAAUUAAAAAUAGUAGUACUAUUUUAAAACUUUUAAUUUUAUGUGCAAAAUAAUCUAGUAAGAGUACACUUCACCUGCCAACUUUCACUAUCACAUAUUUCUCACUGGUUCACGUAAAUCCACGAUGUAUAAUCAAAAACUGAGCUUACAAGACACCAGAGCAGAGUUUGCACAGAGGAUGGAAGAAUUUGAAAAACGUCUCCAAAAGGCUUCAUCCUCAAAUUCCGACACGACUGCUAUAGCCGAGGAUUUUGCGACUUUCAAGGAAUUCACCCUUAAGAGUCUUGCUGCACUACAACACCAGGUGGACUUGCUUGUGCUCGAGGUAGACCGACAGGAAAUGCGCAGCCGCAAGAGGAUUUUGCUCAUACAUGGAGUUCCAGAGGCCAGGCAAGAAGACACAGCCUCAGUCGUUGAAGGUGUAGUUGUCGACCAGCUGAAAGUGAUUGAUUUCACAGCUGCCAACAUUAGCCGAUGCCACAGGAUGGGACGACUAAAUUCAGCGAAAUCUCGCCCUAUUUUGGUUAAGAUGUGUGAUACUGGCAUUCGUGAUAAAAUAUGGUUUGCCAAAACGAACUUGAAGGGAUCAAGCAUUACUGUGUCGGAGUUUUUAACGAAACUUCGUCAUGACACCUUCAUGAUGGCCAGGCAACGAUUUGGAGUCAAGAAGUGCUGGUCACGAGAUAUUUAUCUCUAUGGCUUCAUCCACAUUUUGUGCCCUGAUGGAUCUAAACAUCGCGUUAGCAGCUUGGCCGAGUUAGAAAAGGUCGCGCCGCCGCGGCCGGUCCCAGAACAGCAAAAGAUAGCCCCACAGGUGAAAGAUAACGUUGCUGCAUCCAAAACGAGGCGCGCCAAUGUUAAAAAAUAGGUCUAAUGAUGUAUCUUGUUUACUAUUUUCGCUUUGUCUAAAUUUUAGUUCCCUACACUUCAAUUUCAUUCAACAAUCUUAGAUCCAACAACUAUAUUGUAUAUAUUUCUCUCUAAUCUAUUGCCAACAUAACUCACUUGUUCUACCCACUUUUGUAUCACUUUUUUUUUUUAUACA